CCGGAUCCUUCAUGAGGGAAGAGGCCAGGGACAGCCAGCCAGCCCCGGCUUCUCUUCUCUUCACUAAUAUUAUUCUGUAUUGCAAGCCCCGGAGCCCGAGCGGGGGGCUGCGUUACUGUUCGUAGGAUGUCCCGUCAUGAAGGCGUGAGCUGUGAUGCAUGUUUAAAAGGCAACUUCAGAGGUCGACGAUACAAAUGUUUAAUUUGCUACGACUACGAUCUGUGCGCAUCGUGCUACGAAAGCGGUGCGACUACAACCAGACACACCACAGAGCAUCCAAUGCAGUGUAUAUUAACCCGAGUCGAUUUUGACCUGUACUACGGUGGAGAAGCGUUCUCGGUGGAGCAGCCCCAGGCCUUCACAUGUCCUUACUGUGGCAGGAUGGGCUACACAGAGAUCUCCCUGCAGGAGCACGUGGCUGCAGAGCACACAGAGACCUCCACAGAAGUGAUCUGCCCCAUAUGUGCAGCGCUGCCAGGUGGCGACCCAAAUCAUGUGACAGAUGACUUUGCCGCUCAUCUCACACUUGAACACAGAGCACCCAGAGACUUGGAUGAGUCCAGUGGGGUUCGGCAUGUGAGGAGGAUGUUUCACCCUGGGCGCGGGCUAGGGGGUCCGCGAGCCCGCAGGUCUAACAUGCACUUCACCAGCAGCACCACAGGGGGGCUCUCCACCAGUCAGAGCUCCUCACAGAGCUCCAGCUACAGCAGAGAGGCCAUGGACCCCAUAGCAGAGCUUCUGUCCCAGUUGUCAGGGGUGCGGCGUUCGGCGGGUGGCCAGCUCAGCUCAGGCCCCUCGGCCUCUCAGCUCCAACAGCUUCAGAUGCAACUCCAGUUGGAGCGGCAGCAGGCCCAGGCGGCACGUCAGCAGCUGGAGACGGCCCGAAACGCCACCCGGGGCGGAGCCCGAGCCAAUGCAAUCCUAAAUACCAAUUCAGCCGCCGCAAACCCCAACCCCACCAACCACAAUACCAACCCCAGUCCCAACCAGGGUCCGCCUGAGUCUAACACACAGCAUACUGCACAUAGCUCCCAGUUUCUACUCAGCAGGCUGAGCGAACCACGGCUGUCUGAGGCCGAGCGGCAGGCGUGCGAGGCCCAGUGGGCCGACAGGAGCUUGUUUGUGACGGAGCUGCUGCUGUCCACACUGCUGCCCGACGAAGACGCCUCGGCCUCUUCCUCCGAGGACGAGGACGACUGUCACGGUUCAUUGCGGAAUUUCGCUGACUUCGAGGCCAUGGGCUGUGUUGAGGUCAUGACCUUGGACGUGGCACUGGAGAAUCUCAACCUCAAGGAGACGACCCCGGCUACCAAGACGACGAAAACGACGACGAAAACGGCACCAACGAAGAAAGACCCUCCUGCGCCGCCCCUUUGAUGACAUGGCCAAUCCCUCCCCUCAGACCACCAUUGUAACUGGCUGACUGCUGAGUCAGUCCAACUGCCAAUGGAUGACAAAAAAGACUGCAGUUCUUUUUGGCUUUGUUUUAUUUUUUUUUUCUCAGUGAUUGUCAUUUCAGCUCUGUUGCUCCCCACUCAAACCCAUGAUUAUUAAGUUGUGUACAUUGAAUAAAAGUAGUGAGACGA